AUGAAGAAUCAUUUUUUUGUACUUUUUUUCUCGAUUUGGUUACAAUCAACUGCUCUUGCAACGUUAUGUAACGAUGGUUUCACACUAGUCAACAAUAAAUGUCUGCGGGUGGGUUAAGACAAUUCACUUUUAAAAAAAUGGCAGCUUUUACAGUUGAUAACUUCUGAUUAUACACGUGAAAAUGCUCGACAACAAUGCAAUCUUCUUGGUGGCAACAUUGUUUCAAUUUACAAUUCCAUCGACAACACCGCGAUCGCUCAAUUCUCAACAUCUAGCGCUGAUCCAAUCUGGAUUGGUCUAAAAUGUUCUGUCGAUCAUGAUCCAUCAAAUUGUCUUUGGGAUGAUCAAUUGGGAAAUGCUUCAACUUACAAUAAUUUCAUUGCGGGAAAUCCUGUAAACGAGAUUGGAUCGUGUGUUUAUAUGUUGACAUCAGGAAGUUUGCGUGGGAGAUGGUUGAGUGGACAGUGUGAUUCAACUCAAAUCAGCGCGGUAUGUGAAAGUGACCCAAUUGGAAAAUGCACUUAUCAAUACAAUAAUAAUUGCUAUUACCCGAUUGGUGAAUUAGCAGAACCUGAUGCUUUGAAUGCUUGCAAACAAAAUUGCGCGGGUGGACUUGUCUCAAUUCAUUCGGCCGCUGAAAACGCGUUUAUUGCUAGCUUAUUCACCGACCCAUCAAAACAUUAUAUCCGAAUCGGCGCUCAAUUAUCAACAAGUAAUGUGAAUUCGUGGAUUCGAAUAUCGGAUACCAAAAUCGAGGAUUAGGAUCUUGUUAUAGUCUAUCAAUGAUAAAUGAAGUGGCGGCACCUGGAAAAUGGAUUAGCUCGAAUUGUUCAUUGCAAUUACCAUCGAUUUGUAAAUGGAAAUCUGGCUCGAGUUGUAUUGCACCAACACUUGCACCAUCACAAUGCACAUCUCCGGUUUAUUUAUCAGAUAGUGGAACUGUGAGUUUUUUGGAGUCUAAUGACGUCAUCUCAGACAGAGAAAGACAUCGCUUCGAAAUAUUUUUGAGAAAAUGUGUGUCCCUUUGAAAAAAUACCGUAUUUUGUUUCAAGGAACACACAUUUUAUUGAAAAUAUCUCGCCACGAAAUUCAUUUUCGGGAUAUUUUCGUAAAAUACUCUCGCCGUCUCGCGUCUCACUCAAAGGGCGCCAUGUAUGGUCGUGGUUAAAGGCGGUCAGAUAGCUAUUCCGGUUGACGGAGACCACCCACGAAGCCUCUGACUUUAACCGGGCUAAACUUGAACCAAACAAAAGAUAGAGAUGAAAUAUUGUGAAAAUAUGAAACUUCAAAUCUUCCUGUGCAAAAGUGCGUCGCGGUGUUUGCACACACACACAAAUCCGCUGGGCGUGGGGCAAUUUGAAAUUUUGAAAACACAAGAUUUUCUCAGCUCGUAUUAACUUUCAUGAUUCUCAGCUCGUAUUAACUUUCAUGAUUUUUUCAUAAUGAACUAUUUUUGACACUAAGCUUUGAGGAAAACCGGAAUAAUUGUCUAACUGCCUUUAAUAAAUUUCAGAUAUACUCACCAAACUAUCCGUAUUCUUAUACAUCUUCUGGUUCGAACCCAUGUUAUUAUAUAAUAACUGUCUCCUCGUAUAACGCUGUUUUAUGGUUUGAUGAAUUGAUUUUAGACUCGGUGAGAAAAAACUUUAAUAUUAUUGAAGCGGACAAAAAAAAUGAAUUCAUUACAGAAAUCAACUAUUGAACUAUACUCUAGUUUGGAUAGUUCAACUCCAUUUUCUGUUAUCGAUCAAACUACACAAUCCAAUUACACGUCAACAAUCCUUUCACCAACAAAUGUGAUUAAAAUCGUUUUCAAACCAUGCACUUCGAAUUGCGAUCAAAGUAUCAAUUAUAAAUGGAAAGCAAAGUUUGGCCGACAAUAUAAUACGAUAUGUGGAUCUUGGCAGAAUACAAAUGGCUAUAUAACUUCGCCAGGUUAUCCAAAUAACUACCCAAACAGUUAUGCGUGUGAUUAUUAUCUUCAAAAUCCAUCAGGCCGGUGAGACUACAAUAUUCUAGAUACAUAAUUCGUUCUCCUCAUCAUACAGAAUUCAAAUUCAUUUCGACAGUUUCAACACAGAAUAUGGUCACGAUUAUCUGUCAAUUUACAACGGACAAAGCAGUUCUUACACACGUUUGGCUGCUCUUUCAGGUCUUUAUGGAUCGAAUACAAAUCUGACUUUUACUUCGUCAUCCAAUUAUCUUUACAUGACGUUUAGAACUGAUUCGGAUGUUGCGUUUUCUGGUUUCAGCGCAAGAUUUUAUAGCUAUCCUUGA